UAACCAUUCAUUCCUACGGAGUACUUACAUUCCCAAUAAUCAGCCAUUCAACCUCACCCAAUCACUCAAUCAAUACUUAAUUCCAAAUAAUAACUCCGGAGUGAACCAAACAAAGAAAAAAAAAGAUGUCACCCCCCAAACCAAGAGUGAUCAUGGACCCUCACCACCGCCAACCACUACCACCCCGUGGACAACAACAACGUCCAGCAGGAGCAGCAGGUAUCAAAGAUAUCCGCCAAACGAAAGAAUAUAAACUUGCUGCGAGACGAUGGAUAUCAGUAAUGGUGGGAUUACCCAUCUUGAUGUAUACGUCUUGGAGCUUGUAUGAGAGGACCUAUGGGGAUAAGAGGCCGAAGAGGUUGGUGGAGAGGUCGUCUGCUUCUUCUUCUACUAUUACUCCUUCGGGGCUGGGUUCUGGGAAGGGGGAGGGGGAGGGGGAGAAGUAA